UUGUGAAUAUUACAAGUCUUUGGAAUAUCUUGCUAUGACGUUUUUGUUUUUGUUUUUGUAAAUGUUUACUUCCAUUGGCCAGUUUCUUUAAUUUAUCUCGUGGAAGGAAGUAGAGAGUGAAGCUUCCUCGUCUGGAGCUUUACAGCUCUCGAGACAUAGCCUCGUUCAUUAUUUGCACAUUCCUCUGCAAGAUCUUAAAAAUGAAGGGAAUAGGUAAUUUCAAGCUCUCACCUCUAUACGUCAAUGUAAUAUGCUAAAUUCCAUCAGAUAUCUUCCUAACCUUCACCCUCCCCACCCUAAUCCUCAUCCACCUCCUCCUAGCACCCUAUACCAAAGUCGAGGAAUCCUUCAACAUUCAAGCCACCCACGAUAUCCUAACCUACGGUCUUCCUACGUCAAAUCUCUCUUUCACCUUAAACACCUAUGACCAUACCACCUUUCCCGGCGCAGUACCGAGGACUUUCUUCGGAGCACUUUCUCUAGCUACAGUUUCUAAACCUAUUUUACUACUUACGCGGGGUAGAUAUGCUCAGGUGAUUGUGAGAGGUAUCUUGGGGUUAUUUAAUGCGGCAUGUCUGCUUAGAUAUAGAAAUGGGUUGACGGGGGCUUUUGGGGUGGAUGUUGGGAGAUGGUAUAUGGUUUUGCAAGUUACGCAGUUUCAUGUGGUUUAUUAUGCUUCCAGAACAUUGCCAAAUAUGUUUGCAUUUGGUCUUAGUGAGUCCCGUGUUCCCACGUUUGAUGAAGGGUUGAAAAUACUGAUUUGAUGCAGCAACUUUAGCAUUUACCGAAUUUCUUCCAGCGAGAGGAGGAAGUAGACCCAAAGUUGGGAUAUUCCUCUUUGUACUUGCAGGUGUGGUAUUUAGAUCUGAAAUUGCUAUUUUGCUCUUUACGCAAUUGGUAUAUUUGCUUCUAUUAUCGAGGAUUUCCUUGAGGAUGGUCAUUCCAGCUGGUAUACAGAGUGCUAUCUUAGCUCUCGCUAUUUCAGUACCUAUUGAUUCAUAUUUUUGGCAAGAGCCAUUGUGGCCAGAAUUGGCCGGAUUUUAUUAUAAUGCUAUUCAGGGGAAGUCUUCUGAGUGGGGUACUUCUCCUAUCUUCCAUUACUUUAUCUCGCUAUUGCCUCGUUUAUUGAUGAAUCCUUUGAUUCUUCUGUUAUUACAUCCUCUAGCUUUGACUAUUCCGGCAACGAAACAUACCUCGAAAGAUCUGAUUAUUCCCUCGCUUCUAUUUGUUGCAAUAUAUAGUCUACAACCUCACAAAGAGUCAAGAUUCAUCAUCUAUGUUGUGCCACCUUUUACUGCCGCGGCCUCUCUCUCGGCUUCGUAUAUUUGGACACGACGUUCGAAGAGUUGGCUUUAUACCUUCGGGUCUUUGGCUUUAGUUGGAUCCGUUGCUUUGAGUUUCGUGGCAUCAUCAGCUAUGCUGAUGAUUUCCUCCCUCAACUAUCCAGGCGGAGAUGCCCUUUCCCAGCUUCAUACUCAUAUCCUUAAAGAUCUUUCCAGAUCUCCGCGUACGCAACGCACGCAAGAUCUAAAUAUCUCAAUUCAUAUGGACGUUCUCUCUUGCAUGACAGGCAUAACUCGUUUUCAACAGUACGUUUUCCCCACAAUCAGAAUGUCACGCUGGACUACGACAAAACCGAAGACUCCCUGAAUUGGGGAAGCGGCUGCAUUGAUGGAAGAAGCAAGUGGGAGGUUUUAGAUACGGUAUUUGCGUAUGCCGGUAUUGAGGUGUUGAGGCCUGGAGAUGGAAGUAGUUUUUCGGAAAGAUUGGAGGGUGUUUAUAGGGCAAAUAAUGUCAGUGUUGGUGAGGAAGGUGAGGCACCUAGUUCGGAGGAGGUCAGGAGGGUAGAAGAGCAAGGUGUGGAAACUGUGGAAGGAAAUAAGGAGGGUAAUGGAUUUCUUGAUUUGAAAACGCAAUUAAUGUUCGAAGAGAUGAACAAAUUUGGAACGUAUAAUUUGCUCAGGGAUGCUGGAAGAUUGGUGACUGGUGGAUGGUGGGUAGGCCCGAAAAUGGAAGGGAGGAUUAGGAUAUUGAAGAGGAUAGGAGAUGAGAGUGAUUGGAGGGAAGAGCAGCAGGAGGAGAAAGAAAAGGAGAGAUUGAGGAGUGAGAGGGAGUGGAGAAAGUGGCGAUUGGGACGGAAUGACUUUGGUAUGAUGUGGCGUGAUGGGAAUUUUUAUCCACACAGUUGUAUUAUAGAAAUAAGAUAUGAAAACCUUUAUGGUGAAGAAGCAUUGGUCUAUGAUUUCCAUCCUGGCCGAUUCUUUGAGGUCAUCAAUGACGGGUCAGCUGGUGAAAGGUCUCCUCUCAGGUACGCCAUUUCUUCAAUAAAAUUUCCAAGCCCUUUUUGUUCCUUUGCUUGUAACUAAACUUGGAAGAUAGAGGAAUGUUGGCUGGGGGUUCUGCGAGGUCUCUGAUAAUUUUACUGGGUAAGAAAGUUGUGAUUUUGUUAGCAAAAAUGCGAAGGAGGUUAUUGAUUCUAAAGAUAGCUUUCUUUUCAUUGUUGGUGUUAUGAAUAUAUAUCUCACCUACUCUUGCUUGUAAUCUUCUGUUAGUUUAGAGAUACGAUCGCUGUCGAAUUUAUAUUAAUUUUCCAAUGUUGUUAGGUUGAGGUAAGAUCUUAUUCCACUUGCUUCGUCUGGCAAUGAAAAAGUGUGGUUAGAGGAAAAAUAUUUAGGGGGAGGGGGGAGGAGAAUUGGGACGUGCUUCACCGAAUAGAUAUGUUUUGACUGACUCCCUUCAAAAAGAUCCUAUCUGCCAUCCUUCAGAGUCGAGAAGUUGGAUGGUGGAGAUGUGGAUUUUAUGCUGAGAGGGACGGGGUUCUUUAUUUAUAGUGUAGGUUGA